AUGAAAAGUCAAACAGGAAGUAGUGUUGGUGAUCAUUGUGUUCCUGUAAAGAAGACUAAAGUUACCGUUUCGAAAUCCCCGUGUAUGCCGCCUCCUAAAGCUGCCGUUUCGAAGGCUGCAAAGAAGAGUAAAGUUGUAAACUCAGCAGAGCCGAAAGAAGUAGAAACUGUAGCCAGUGAGUCAAGUGAUUCUGGUGAUUCUGAUUCUGAUCAUAUAGAAGCGCCAACAACAGAUGUGGUUCCGUCACCUACACGUAAACGCAAAAGAACCUCAAAGUAUUGGGCUGAAUUUCAAGAGGUAUUGAUAAAAGGGAAAACACACGGAGAAUGCAAGCACUGCAAGAGGAAUAUUGGUGCGGAGAGCAAAAAUGGGACAAGCAGUUUGAGGAAACAUCUAAAUAGUUGUAUGGCGUACAAAGGAGCACAACAGCAAAUUAACCAAAUGUUCUUGAAAGCUAGUGAAACACAAGAUGGAGUACAUUGGUUUUAGAAGGGUGCUGACUUCAUUACAACCCAAUAUUAAACUUGUGAAGCGGAACACUACGAAGUCAG